GUCCUUGUUUACUGCAUAAAUACGUCAACUCUCUCAGUUCAAUGACAUCAACAAAUCCAUAUAAAAACGACGCCCAAACCAGUCCCCGUAAUUCUUGUUUAUUUGAGUAUACUCGAACUCCUAUUCUAAAACGCGAUACCUCUCAACGUCAUGGGGCGUGUUCUUGCAGUUAUGCUGGCCGUCGCUUUAGCCGUCCUCACCGCAAGCUGGCCGGCCGUCUACGGUGAAAAGCCGGUGCCGGCCACACCGUACGUCCCACCGUUACAUUUCAAGAGAAGCUUGGGCCUGGCGGACGACGAGGCAGUUAUGGAGCGGUUGGCUCGGGCAAUGGAUCAGAGCCACUUAGUUUCCCGAAGUCAAGCAGGUUGUGGUGGCAGCUUGAGCGGGAGUGGGGCUCUCAAUUCACCGGGGUAUCCGUCCGAAUACCCCAAUGACCUCCAGUGCGUGUGGACCAUCAAGGCACCGGUUGGUCAACACGUAAAGCUGACAAUAGAUGACAUGGAGAUUGAGAACCAAUCAUUUUGCGCCUGGGACCAGCUAUUCAUCCGAGUGGCCAAUGAAAUCGUACCAGCUGUGCUGUGUGGCUCAGGGUCUGUCUCGGGUUCUUUCAUCUCUGGCGGCAACGAGAUGACGGUGAUCUUCCUGAGUGACGAAUCGGUAGCCGAGAAAGGUUUCAGCGCGACGUAUUCCGCCAUAAGCCUGUAGUAAAACGAAUUAGGGACGUCGGGAUACCAGAUAAUUUGUCGAUUCAAAAUAAAAGACCCCCAAAAGGUCGAAUGUUAAAUAACAAUGAUGUACAUUCGUUAAUUAAAAUAAACAAUCCCUAGAUUAACGACACAUCAAUUAUACUACAAAAUGUUAAAAGAUGACAUUUUUUUCAGGGUGCAGAUAAUUUUAUGUUAGUAUAUUUUUCAAGAAAAUAGUGCAAGCCGAUGUUUUUUUCCAUUAAAGUUGCCCGCACGAUUUCGUCAAGGGUGCUUAUGAUAAGCCACUUUUUAGCGAAUUUUUCAGCGAAUUCUUUUCUUACAGAUGAGGUUUUAUAUUUAUGCUUGGUAGGUUUUCCAGCAAUUACAAUUCUAUGACCCACAGUACGGUACUCAUAAGAUUUAAGUCUUUACAUCCAAGAAAAAAUCUGGUCAACUAAAAAAAAAUAAAUAACAAAUUAAGCAAGUAUUUGGAAACAAUGAGGGUUUUGAGAAGUUUGUCAUAAUUUUUAGGGAGAAAGCGUACGUCAUGUAGCAAAGGCUCACGUGUUUGCUUUGUCUAAAAUUAAUGACGCAGCAUAUUACAUACACUCCACGCGCCCCAAGAACAAACACAUUUAUAGGCCUAAAACUGAGAAUAUUAUAACAAAGAGUUAUGAAGUAAAUGUGCUGAUGAAUAAACCAGACGUCUACAAAAGAAGUUCUUCAAUAUG